AUGUCUUCUGUAAUUGAGCUCAACGAACAACUUGAAAGAUCUCUGGGUAAAAAUCAAACUCCGAGUGCUACCGAACUUGGUACAUUGACAGAUGUUUUGGCUGCAAACGUCACUCUCACAUGGUGUAACAAGCCACAAGAUCAAGAAGACCUGUAUCAGACCAGUGAACAUCGUUACAGUGGCCAGAGUGUGUUGAGCAUGUUCGUUUUUGUCAUCAGUGGAACAUGGGGAUAUCGCUCUGGAAUUGAAAUGAUUAAUGUGACAUUCUGUGGAAAGUACGAUAAGCCUCCAACGUUGAAAGUUUCUCCAUGGCCUUUCAUUCCAGCUGGAAAUCAUUUUAAAGUUAAUAUGACAUUUACACCUGCGGUAGAUGUUCUUGAAGCAUCCAUGCAAUACGAAGUGGUCUUAGACGGCAAGGUUAUUUUAAGGAGCAGGGACGACACUAUAUGCAAUGUGGACCCACCAUUUUGCAAUUUACCAGCUGGUGAAACCAAAGUGUGGGUUAGAACUGGAAAAUUGCCGCCCAUUCCUCCAGUUUUUAAGAAUCGAACACGUAUGCUGAAAAUUCAAUAUUUCAAUGAAGAGAAUAUCAUGUUUCUCUGUUUUGAGAUUGUAAUCAAGGUACAGUGAUAGACGAACAGGACAAACAACAGUCAAGACUCAAGAAAAGUAUGUGGGAAAAAGG